CACAGGAAUACCCCUCGUAUCUUACCUACUACUUUCCAAGUUCCUUUUCUUCUUCAAUGCAAAGCUGAUGGAUAUAAAAGUGCAGCAAUGCUACGCCAUAGAUCUGAAUCUACCUUCAACUUGCCCUAAUUUCUGAGGGGAGAUUCUUGGGCGAUUGGGUUUGUUUGAAUUCGACUGAAUUCAGGGGUGGUUUGGUUUGGUUUCUUGGAGUAAAGGGAGAUGAAGGUGAUAGAGAAGAUCCGGGAGGCUACGGCUGCCAACGACAGCCGGGCUGUGUUCUCUUUCGAGUUCUUCCCGCCCAAGACGGAGGAUGGUGUCGACAACCUGUUCGAGAGAAUGGAGCGGAUGGUGGCGCACAACCCUUCCUUCUGCGAUAUCACAUGGGGGGCUGGCGGGUCCACUGCGGAUCUGACGCUGGAGAUCGCCAACCGCAUGCAGAACAUGGUGUGCGUCGAGACUAUGAUGCACCUCACCUGCACCAACAUGCCCGUCGAGAAGAUCGACCACGCCCUUGAGACGAUUAAGUCUAACGGCAUUCAGAAUGUGCUCGCUCUCCGCGGUGACCCCCCUCACGGCCAGGACAAGUUCGUCCAGGUCGAGGGUGGCUUUGCCUGCGCUCUAGACCUUGUCAAGCAUAUCCGUUCCAAAUAUGGAGACUACUUUGGGAUUACUGUUGCUGGUUAUCCAGAGGGACAUCCUGAUGUUAUUCAGGAUGGAGUGGCACCUCCAGAGGCAUAUCAAAAUGACCUCGCUUAUCUCAAGAGAAAGGUUGAUGCUGGUGCUGAUUUAAUUGUAACUCAACUCUUCUAUGAUACUGACAUCUUCCUCAAAUUUGUCAAUGACUGUCGUCAAAUUGGAAUAACCGUUCCCAUUGUUCCUGGCAUCAUGCCCAUUAAUAAUUUCAAGGGCUUCCUCCGCAUGACUGGUUUCUGCAAAACUAAGAUUCCACCUGAGAUUAUGGCUGCACUGGAACCUAUCAAGGAUAAUGAGGAGGCUGUCAGGGCCUAUGGAAUUCACCUAGGAACAGAAAUGUGCAAGAAGAUUAUGGCCAGUGGAAUCAGAACUUUACAUCUCUACACAUUAAACAUGGAGAAAUCUGCAUUGGCAAUAUUGAUGAAUCUUGGGCUGGUCGAGGAGUCCAAAAUUGCAAGGCCCUUGCCAUGGAGACGUCCUGCAAAUGUUUUCCGUGUAAAAGAAAAUGUUCGUCCAAUAUUCUGGGCUAAUCGCCCUAAAAGCUAUAUCUCACGUACUGUUGGUUGGGACCAAUACCCACAUGGUCGAUGGGGAGAUUCUCGAAAUGCAUCAUAUGGAGCACUCAGUGAUUAUCAGUUCUUGCGACCACGUUCACGUGACAAGAAACUUCAUGAAGAAUGGGCUGUUCCUUUGAAAAACGUAGAAGAUAUUUAUGAGAAAUUUAUGAAAUUCUGCCUUGGGAAGCUUAGAACCAGUCCAUGGACUGAACUAGAUGGGCUUCAGCCAGAGACCAAAAUCAUUACUGAACAGCUUGGUAACAUUAACUUGAAAGGUUUCCUCACUAUCAACAGCCAACCAGCUGUUAAUGGGGCGAAAUCUGAUUCUCCAUCUGUUGGAUGGGGAGGGCCAGGUGGGUAUGUUUACCAGAAGGCUUACCUAGAAUUCUUCUGUUCUCCGGAGAAGUUGAAUGCUCUAGUUGAUAAAUGCAAAAUAUUCCAAUCUCUUACCUAUAUGGCCGUCAAUAAAGAAGGAACUUGGAAGUCUAAUAUUAAUAACACCGAUGUGAAUGCGGUCACAUGGGGAGUUUUCCCUGCAAAGGAGAUAAUUCAACCUACCGUUGUCGAUCCACAAAGCUUCAUGGUAUGGAAGGAUGAAGCAUUUGAAAUAUGGUCAAGGGGAUGGGCUAAACUCUACCCAGAAGAUGAUCCAUCCAGAAAAUUACUUGAAGAGGUGCAGAGCAAGUAUUACCUGGUCAGUUUAGUUGAUAACGACUACGUCCAUGGAGAUCUGUUUGCUGUUUUCAAGGACAUAUGAAAUGAUUUCAUCCACGUCUUGCUUUUCAAUUCCUUAUUCUUGUUGUAAUGUAAUCCAAAGGUUAUGUAUUAUACUUUCCUGCCAUGUAAUAACGGUAUCCCCCUUGGGAUUUUGGCAUUUCAUAAUUAAAAUGUAAGCUAAGCAUGAAUUCUCGUUAUGUUGGAACUUUAUACGCCUAGGAAUCUGUUUCUUCCAA